CCUGCUUGAGACGACGCAUUUGUUUUCAGCCAUUGGAAGCGGCCGUGAAAUCGCUUUGACAUCACGUCCGGUGUCCUCCAUUUCUUCAUUGUGCCUAAGGCCGGGGAUUGUUUGUGCGUCGCGGUGUUGGUAGGAGAUUGAGGGCAGUGAGAGACAGCUUCCACCCUCACAAUCAAAACUCGCCCUCAGUGCGGUGUGCUUAAGACAUGGAUCGAGACUACGGAUCAUAUAACCAAAGAAGUAUGGACUCCUAUGGAAACCAGUCUUAUUCAGUGGAUGAAAUGGGUGACAGCAAUUUUUCCAGGUUUGGACCUUAUGAGUCUUAUGACUCCAGGUCUUCUGUGGGUGGGCGAGAUCUUUACAGAUCUGGCUAUGGUUAUAAUGACCACGAACAAGGCCACUUCGGAGAUAGUUAUGAUGGUCGAUAUGAAAACCCCUACCGGAAUAGCGUUGACUCUUUUGAAGGUAGAAGCCAGGGCGGGUCUAGCUGGGAUCCUUCUUUCACACGUUCAAAAGUGAGGACUGGGUUUAUGGAGGACAGAGGAAGAGACAGUUACUCUUCCUACGGCAGCUUUUCUUCACCCUAUAUGAAGCCUGCAGCAGUAGGCUCUCGGGGGAGAGGAAUGCCUGCUUAUCCCGAAAAUGCAUUUGGCGGCAGAAGCAAUGAUGCUUUUGGAGGACCAUCAAAAGGCAGAGGUCGUGGCAGAGGACAAAUGUCUGAAUAUGGUCGAAUGCGGAGACCCGGGCUGGUUGUAGAAUAUAAACACCUUGGCGCAGCUGUGCGAGGAGUUGCAAGAGGUGUUAAAAGGAAGAUGGCACCACCUUUUAAACCUGUCGGGGCAUUUGGCAAGAAGCAGAAGUUGUCUAAACCUGGAACAAAUCAAAACAAAAGUGUUCCCCCACCAGCUGAAAAAUUGAGCGAGGAGGAAGAGGAGAAGCGUCGCACUGAAGCAAGAAGGGAGAAGCAAAGACGCAGACGAGAGAAGAACAGUGAAAAAUACGGAGAUGGGUACAGGAUGGCAUUCACAUGCUCUUUCUGCAAGUUUCGAUCCUUUGAUGAAAAAGGCAUUGAAGAACAUUUGACAAGUACAACACAUCAAGAGAUGUUGGAUCACAUUCAAAAGCAGACGAAGUUCGACAAGCCUGUCAUGGAGUUUUUGCAUGAAUGCAUUGUUAACAAGUUUAAGAAAACUGCAGCACGUAGGGCCCAAUCUUUAUCGAAUGAGGCUGCAAAGGCUUUGGAGAAAGAUGUAAUGGAAGGUGUAACUCCAGAUGAUCACAUGAUGAAAGUAGAAACUGUGCACUGUAGUGCUUGCAGUGUGUAUGUCCCAGCAUUGCACAGCUCUGUGCAGUUGCAUCUUAAAUCUACAGACCACUCAAAGAGCAAACUGGCUUAUAAAGAACAAAUAAAAAGGGAAAGUAUUUUGACCGCUACAAGCAUCUUGAACAACCCACUGGUAAAAGCAAGAUAUGAGCUUUAUUUGAAGGGUGAAAAUCCAUUUGAGAAUCAGUCAGAAGAGCAGCAACAAGAGCAGGAAGAAGAAGAAGAGGAGGAGGAACAACAAGAGCAAGUGGCAGUCUCGGAACAAGAACCAUCAGAAGAACAACCAGCUGCUGCUGCUGCUGCAGAACCUGAAGGGGAUGACUUUACCUGUGAUCCACUGACGACUACAGAUGAAGUUUGAAUUGUGGCACUAAUCUUUCUGAAAGUAAAUCCUUGUAAAUGUCGUGCCAUGCUAUUUUUAAUCCUGGUGUCGUGGGCAUCUUUAUUUUGCGGUUUUGUAUUUGAUAUGAAACUCUUAUGUUUAUAAAUUUACAUAAAGCUGAAGUUUGAUUUCAUCAUGAAAUUUUAGGAUGUUAAUAAGAUUAUUGGUCAGGCUUAAUAUCUUUUGCAAUGUUUGUUUUAUUUUCCAUUGUGGUUUUUUUUUUUUCUUUUUUCCCCCAUGCAGGGUUCUAGUAAUUUUUAACUAAAUGCUGUGAAGUCUUCAAAUGUAUUGGUACAGUGUAAAGCUGAUUUAAUGUUGGUCUUGGAGAAUCUGUGUAAUGUGGCAGUAUACAAUUUCUUUUUUUUUUACUUUUGCAUUGUUUGCUACGUCAUAAUGUCUCACAGAGCUAACAAUAAAUCUCAAACUUUAA